AUGUCUGAAAAAGUUUAUAUCAUUGACGUAGAAAGUGGAAACUUGCAAUCACUCGCAAACGCCAUUAAAUACAUCGGCAGCUAUGAAGUAGUUUUCAUUCGGGACAGAGAAGACUUCGAAAAGCACAAUGAUCAGAUCACGAAACUUUUUUUCCCUGGAGUUGGUAAUUUCGGCCAUUUCGUUCACGAACUUUCCGCUCGCGGUUUAAAUACUCACAUCAAGAGUUACAUUGACAGUGGAAGAGAAAUAAUGGGUAUUUGUGUGGGUCUUCAAUCCUUCAUGAACUCCUCUGAAGAGAGCCCCAAUGUUCCUGGCCUCGGGCUCCUUGAUUUUGAAUUGACCAAAUUUGAUAAUCACGACUCAUUGUACCAGUCGAAGGGACUCGUGAAAGCAGUUCCACACAUUGGUUGGAACAGAAAUGAGAAGAUCUUUGAUGGCCCAAGAGAGCUCUCGUCAACUGAGGCAUUGUACAAUACAAACACUGAAGAUAGCUACUAUUUUGUUCACUCUUACGCCGCUAUUUUGAGCAAUGACAAUGUGAGGGCCAAGAUUGAGAAAGCCAAGAAGGAAGGAUGGUCCUUUGCCAUAGCCAAGUACGGCUCUGAAGAAUUUAUUGCUUGUGCUUCCUACAAGAACUUAUUUGCAACACAAUUCCACCCCGAGAAGUCUGGCGAAGCUGGCCUUUCAAUAAUCAAGGCUUUUUUGGACGGAGAAAGACACUCGUCUCGUUCUCAGAGUCUGACAGCUAACUCCAGCGGCUUGACAAGACGUAUCAUCGCGUGUUUGGACGUUCGCUCCAAUGACGCCGGCGACCUUGUUGUUACCAAAGGUGAUCAAUAUGAUGUACGUGAAAAGAGCGAUGAUGGAGCUAACGAGGUGAGAAAUUUGGGAAAACCAGUUGAGUUGGCCACUAAAUACUAUAGGCAAGGUGCUGAUGAGGUUACAUUUCUCAAUAUCACUUCGUUUCGUGAAUCUCCUAUCAAGGACUUGCCAAUGUUGGAAGUUUUGAGAAAGGCCGCCGAAAAAAUUUUUGUACCCUUGACCGUGGGAGGAGGUAUUAAAGAUUUAGUGGACCCUGUAUCUGGUGAACUUUACCCUGCUGUGACAGUUGCAGAUUUAUAUUUCCGGUCAGGAGCAGAUAAGGUCAGUAUUGGCUCAGAUGCUGUGCGCAUUGCAGAAGAGUAUUACGCAUCAAAUAAGAGCAAAAGCGGAAAGAGCGCUAUUGAGGCUAUUUCAGCAAGAUUUGGUGUUCAAGCAGUCGUGAUUUCCGUUGACCCAAAGAGAAAAUACUUGAAUGACCCUUCACAGACCAACAUGGCUGUGAUCGAGAUUUCGGACCCCGAGAAAUAUGGUCCAAAUGGUGAGAAGUUCUGCUACUACCAAGUCACUUCGCAAGGUGGCCGCAAAACUCAUGAACUUGGCGCAUUGGAGCUUUGUCAAGCCUGUGAGGCCUUGGGAGCCGGCGAGAUUUUGCUCAAUUCCAUUGAUCAUGACGGAACGAAUCAGGGUUUCAACUUCGAGCUCUUGAAACAGGUGAAAGGAGCGGUGUCCAUACCUGUUAUCGCAAGCUCUGGCGCUGGUGUUCCUUUGCACUUCAAAGAUGUGUUUGAGUUGGACUGUGGAGUUGAUGCUGCGUUGGGAGCAGGAAUGUUCCACAGAGGUGACUAUGACAUUGCUUCUGUAAAAGAUUAUUUGAGAGAGAACUCCGAUAUUAAUGUCAGAUAG